CCUAAAGCGGGAGUAGGCGGGGCGGCUCGACCUCCUUUCGGGGCCGCCAUCUUGUACCCCAGCGUGACUCUUUCCCUACCCCUCCCACGUUGCCUCACUCCGUCCGGUGCGCCGAAAGAGGGAGCUGGGGAGGCUCUUGUGGUAACAGCGGUGGAUGCAGCGCGUGGCUUGAAUGGAGGCAGCUGGAAGCGCCCAGGUGGAAAAGAGCCAAAUCCAGGAGUGGGUUUUGCGGCCUGAAAAAGUCGGAAAACCCCUGUCCUAGGGGAAGAAGAAAGCAUGUUUAUGAACUGACUAAACCUCUAUUCAUUAUCCUUGAAAAGUCUGGGAGAAUAGAUGAAGUACCAGAUGACUAGAGGAAGGGUGGAGAAUCUUUUCUCUGUGAAUGGCUGUUGACUGACAUAAAGUAUCAGUUUUGCUGGAGGUGUUGAUAAACAGAAGCAAAAAUACUGGAAUCAAAUAUUUGGAGUGUUAUAGAUAAUCCUUAGGAUGAUGUUUUUGUCUGUGUUUUGAACUCCUGAAGUUGGUGAAUGAUCUAGGCAAGAUUGUGAUGUAAAGAUAGUGAAUCUGGCAGCUUCAGAUGUAUCCUCCUUGGGCCUAAGUUAUCCUCCUGUCUAGCUAUAGUUGACAUAAACUGAACAUAAUGCCAGCAAUAGGUUAAUGGCUGUUGCUUGCCCUAGUUUUAUGCCAAACCGUCUUUCAACUCAAAUGAGAAGGAGCAAGACAUAAAAUGGAAACAGGAUGUGGUUUUCGAAUAAUUGAAGCCUGAAGCAACCCUCAUGAAUUUCAACCACAGAGAUUCAGAGAGCAUCACUGAUGUUUGUCCUAAUGAAGAUCUUCCUGAAGUAGAGCUAGUGAGCAUGCUAGAAGAACAACUGCCUCAGUACAAAUUACAUGUGGAUUCCUUAUAUCUUCCUGUAAAUGAUGACUGGAUCCAGUCAAGAAGCUCUCACAGUCACGACCCUGAAAUUUCUUCUCCUGUCCUUGCUGAGGAGGCACUCCAUUAUAUGAUUGUUGGCACAGAUAGAGGAGAGCAUGUGUCAAAAAAUUGCAAUGAUAUUGAAGUAAUCACUCAUCUGUUGGCUGAGAAAGAUCGAGACCUAGAAUUAGCAGCGCGAAUUGGACAAGCCCUACUUAGACGAAACCAUAUCCUAACUGAGCAAAAUGACGUUCUGGAGGAACAGUUGGGCCAAGCCUUUGACAAAAUUCACCAACUACAGCAUGAGCUAACAAAAAAAGACGAACUGCUUCGAGUGGUAUCUACUGCUUCUGAAGAAAGUGAGACUGACUCUAGCUGUUCCACACCACUUCGCUUCAAUGAGUCCUUCAAUUUGUCACAAGGUUUCCUGCAGUUGGAUAUCUUGCAUGAUAAACUCAGGGAACUGGAAGAGGAAAACCUAUUACUUCGAACAAAGGCAUGCCAUCUGAAGUCUGAAACCAUGACAUAUGAAGAUAAGGAGCAUCAGCUGGUCACUGACUGUGUUAAAGAAAUCAAGGAAACAAAUGCUCAGAUUGCAAGAAUGAGUGAAGAGCUGAUGAGGAAAGAUGAAGAGCUGAUUCAAUACCAGGAGGAAAUCUCAUCCCUCUUAUCUCAGAUUGUUGAUCUUCAGCAUAAGAUCAAAGAGCAUGUAAUUGAAAAGGAAGAACUGAAACUGCAUCUACAAGCUUCUAAAGAUGCCCAGAAACAGCUGACAGCAGAGCUGCAUGAUGUACAAGAGCGGAAUACAGAAUGUCUGGGGAUGUUGCAUGAGUCACAAGAAGAAGUGAAGGGAUUGCGCAGUAAAGCUAGCCAGGCUGCCCUUCUCAGCCGACCCCAGCUGUGUGGACCAUUUCCUGCGGAAUCUCUGGCAGCAGAAAUUGAGGGAACAAUGAAGAAAGUGCUAAGUUUGGAUGAGGAAUCACUGUCUAAACAAAAGAUUCAACAGAAACGUAUAUUUGAUACUGUCAAACUUGCUAAUGGUAUAUGUGGCCGUUCUGCUUCGUGUCCUGUUUCGCUAUCCAUUCCAGGAUCGAAUCGUUCAAGUGUUGUCAUGACAGCAAAACCUUUUCAUUCUGGUUUGCAACUUGUGGAAGGAAAAGUACCUCAGCCUCUAAAGACCAGUGCAGAGGAUGUUUCCAAGGAAACUCAGAAGCUGAGCCAUCCAGAUAUCCCUUCAGAAGAUGAUGUAGCCACUGCUUUAUAUAGACUUAAUCUCCGUUGUCAGAAUUACUUGAGUGAAAAACAGUUCUUUGAAGAAGAAUGGAAGCGUAAGAUACUUCUGCUGGCUGACCAGAAAAAAGAACCGGUAGAGAACUGUCUUUCACUGAGUGGCAAUUCAGAACGUGCUGACUUCUCUGGAUCUUCCAGCAGCAUGCGUUCUCUUCUCCCAGAGAAAUUGCAAAUCGUCAAACCCCUUGAAGGCUCUCAGACCCUGUUUCAUUGGCAGCAGCUGGCUCAGCCUAACCUAGGCACAAUUCUUGACCCUCGCCCUGGUGUUGUCACAAAAGGUUUCACAGCACUGUCUCAAGAGGAUGUCUAUUAUCUUUCUGAUUUGGAAGAAGAUGAAGAAGAAAGGGAUGAAGGUAUAACGUUCCAAGUACAGCCUUCUCCAUGGGAGGAAAGUAAAGAGAUAGUGCCAAAGUCAAUGCCAGGAAUUUUCCUCCCACCUGUUAAAUUAGCGACAGUUCCUGUUACAGCUUCCAAUCCAGGAAAAUGUCUUUCAUCUACAAACUCUACAUUUACUUUUACUACUUGUAGAAUACUUCACCCAUCUGAUAUCACACAGGUUACACCCAGUGCUUUGUAUCCUCCCUCGUGCUCUGGAAGUUGUAGCAGUACAAGCAGUGUAAUUACAAGCUCCCCAGCCAUGUUGUAUAAGCUUAGUAUUGGAGAAUUCCUCACUAACAGAAGAGAUUCCACUACCACUUUCAGUAGUACUAGAAGUUUAGCUAAGCUUUUGCAAGAACAAGGCAUCUCAGCCACGGUCUACAACAGUCCGGUCUUGGAGAAAGCGCCACUGCUUCAUCAUUCCAAGAUACUUGCUGUACCAUCAACACCUCCAAAUUCUCCUUUGCAUUCCCCUUGUUCUUCUCCUCUGCCUUUUGAGCCUCGAGCAUAUGUGUCUGAAAAUUUUUUGGCCUCUCGACCAGCUGAAACAUUAUUACAUGAGCUGUAUGGACAAAAAACCUCAAAUCCUUCUGAUGCAGGACAGCUGAAGAUGAAUCUGGUGGAGAGGCUAAAGAAACUGGGGAUUGCUAGAGCUGUCAAACAGCCUGAGGCAGGGGGUAAUAGAAAGAGUCAGAGGAAAAGUAACUGUCUCCAAAGACAAGGCUCAAGAGUGUAUGUUAGCACAGGCAGCAAUUUGAUGGGGGGCCUGAGAAGAAACCACAGUCUUCCAGUCUUGAUUGGAGCACUUGCAGGCCCAAUAAGCACAACCUCCACAACAAUGGGGGUCCUGAAGGAGGAUUGAGCUGUUUAGCAUGGGAUACUCUUAGCUGGGAAACAGUACAAAAUGCUUGGAAAUGGGAAGGUAGAUUAGGUAUAAAUGGAUGCAUUAGGAAUAAGAUUAUUGAAUGAUAAAGGUACGUGGCUAAAUGGGAUGUGGGAGAUUCAGCAUAAGAAGAAAUAGUAAAAUUUAAGAAAGGAAGAAGUAGAGAAAACCAAAAUUUAUUCUUGAGAUGACUGAAAAGACUUUCAUGAUUAAAAGGAGGUAAUGCAAACAAAUAUAUUUUCUACCAUUGAUAUUAAAAAAAAAAAACAGCAAAUGUCUAUGCAAUUUUAUUUUAGAAUAUGUUUUAUUGGGUAUCAUCUAAGAGAUCCUUGUAUAUAAGUAGAACAUCUAAAAUUGUAUAUAAUUGUAAGGAAGUACAUACUCCAGACAACAGGUGCAAUUUGUUUAUAGAGAAGAAAUCAGCUCAAUUCUAAAGUAGAAAGAUCAGUGAAAUAUUUGCUUUUUUACUAAAUAAUCUUGCACACUCAAAAAAUCUAGGAGUGCAAAAUUACAAUGUACUCUGUUGCACAAACAAAAAACCUCUGUUUAAAAAGGAGUCAAGUGUAUGUGCUUUAUGGAGGUUAUAUAUACAUUUGGGAAGGAUAUAUUUUGCAAGCAAGAAAGGUUUUGUUAUUCUACAUGUGGUAGUAUUUGGAAGAUGUUGCACAUUAAUGUUGCAAUAAUCUUGAAGAUUCUGUACAUUUGCAACACAAUCACUAGUUAAUAAAAUUGUCUCUGGGAACAUGUAUGUUACAAAAAUAGUGUGAUAACAAUUUUCUGAUUCUUGGGAAGUUAAGGCAUAGCUUUCAGAGAGAAACAUCAAGAGAUUUACAAAGUAAUAUGCACAACUUGCUGUGUUAAUGUGCAACAGGAUGACAGCUAUUAUUCAAGCUGCAGUAGACAAAGAAUUGUGAUUCAUAAAUAAUUAAAUCUAAGAUAAAUUCCAAGCUUAAUGUUUCUGAACCAAUUUUGGGAUGGCAGGAUUUUGUGUUUCACAGAGUGAACACAGUGGGAUAGCUUUGAAUGUGAGGCAGAAGCGGGAAGGAGAGAAAAAGCACAAGUGACUCAGAUUUUUCUUCUUUUAUAUUUGGAUAACUGAAGGAGGAGAUUCUUAAACUACACACAUCUCACUUGCUCAUUUAAUUGCUGAUCAAGAAUAUUUGCAAAGAGUGCCAUGAGUGCACUGAGUUGCUUGAUUUAUUUUUACAAUGAGCAAAUGCUCAUAGCCACCUUGCCAUAAAUCAAGAAGGAGAUGAUGAAGAUAUGUAUGUUUGAAAAUUAAGCACAGACAGUAACUAUGUGAUUUAACCUGUGGGUUUUAUAAGGCUAUUCGCUAUAUUAGUUCUAGACACUGUAGGGUGCAUCCAGAAGUACUAAGCAGAUGGGGUGUAAGCAAUAUGGUAGCUUUAUAUGUCAAUGUAUUCAAAAAUAGGGGUUUCUCCCCUUGAAUAGGCAUUCUAGAUGAAGAUUUGGAAGGAUUCCUUUAAAACAAACUUUUUCAAGAUUGCAAACAGCCAUGCAAGUAGCUUGUCCAUUCAGUCUCUUGGUAUCAAUCAAUGAGCUUGGCAGCAUUGGUUGCAGUUACUAAAUAGUAAAUAGUGCUUGUAAAUAAUAAAAAUGUAUUUAUUUUAAGUUUCUAUAUACGGGUUAAUUCUAUUUAAAUUCUAUUUUAAUUUUUUUAAAGCUUGUAAAAUGCAUUUCCUUUGUGAUGUUUAAAAACUUUGCUUUCCUUGGCAACAUAAAUAAAAGGGAAUAUUUAAGUUUGGAUUCCAAAGCAGCCUGCCAUACUUUUACAUAAGCAGAGAAAAACCUGGGUAAUGAAACAACAUUUCUUCAAGAUAAUCCGCAAUAACUACAGGGAAACAAGCACAAUAUUUCAGCUACUGUGGAUUUGAUGUAUGUCAGUUUGAUGUAUUAUGUAAAUUCUUCCUGCAUCAUAGUAAUAUAGAGUAAACAUUUCUAAUUGGAUUUCAUAUUGUCUUUUUUAAUUAUUUGUACUUGUUAUCAGUGGCAGAAGAAGACCUGGUAAGUCAGACUUCUUUCUUUUGAUCCAUAUCCUAUAAAGGUUUUGUAAAACUAUUCAGUAAAUGCAUGUUUAGUAAAACUUUUUUUUCCUUUUUUCCAAGUAUGGAUUAUCUAAGAUGUCAUAUUCUGAUUUAUUUACUUGGGGCUGAUUUACAUUUUUUACUUUCUCUGUCACUAAUGAGAGUGCAACCAGUAGCAGAAAAAUCUCAAUCUAUUUACCUUCAGAGUUAAUUUGCUGGUUGUAUAGCAUGCCUACAGGCCCUCCUCUCAAUAAAAUUAGCUGGGAGCUAGAGGAGCAGUACUUUUGUGCCAAAGGUCUUUAAAGAAAUGAGCCUUGAGUAUAGAAAACAUAUGAAGAAAUAUCAAGUCAAUACAGAUACAAGAAAUAUACGACUAUGGAACAUCCCAGAUAGCUGCUGUUAUAAUGAAUGAGCUAUCUGGCAGGAUUGAUACAGCUAACCAAUAAUAAUAACCCUGUAGGAUCCUUUGAAGAAUAUCAUGAUCACUUUCAUACAUGCUUUGAUACCAUACCUGAGUGCCAAUUCUUCAUGAAGAAAUAGAUACUCUUGUCAUAUAAAUCAGUAUUAGUAAAUGUUUCAUUAUUAUCUGAAUUCUUUAUUUGUUUGAUAAACAAUAUGUAUACUUCAGUCUGCUCCUUGAAUGAAAAGAAUGCUUUUUUAAAAAACCAAAUAUGUCUAUUUUAAUAUGCAUAUACAGAUGAGUCAUUUUUUGUGCAGGCAAAACUUAAAAUGCAUUUCAUCUGAGGAAGAAAUAAUUGUAAUCCAACAUAUAAUAAAAUAUAUUAUCUCUUUUUGCCUUUCCCCUUAGAGUACACAUUUCUUAACAUUAUAAUCUGUGACAGGUUGUUUUUGCAUAUUAUCUCAUAGUGGAAUUGAAGCUUGAUAAUAAAAAUAGUAAAACUUGCCUUUU